GAAUUACUUAAUCACCAAAAUCAUGAAAUCAAACGGAUCCUGACACUGCAACCUCUCUUCUCCGUCUAACUUAUCCCUUCAGCUCAUCUCCUCAAACCCUCAGAAAAAUCCAAAACCAAAUCCAACACAUCACAACACAAACCUCUCCCCGCAACCCCCCAAAACACUAACAUUUGUCAACCCAGAAAAAUUCGAUCUUUAAAAAAAAAAAAACAAAAGAAAAGCGUAGCCAAUCAGAUGGAUGCCAACAGCCAGCAGGUCCAAUCAGCCUCUUACCCGCCACAGCCUCCCGCGAGUGGCGCCCCUGCUCCGUCUGCUCCCACCCCUUUCCACCAUCUCCUCCAGCAGCAACAGCAACAACUCCAAAUGUUCUGGUCCUACCAGCGCCAGGAGAUCGAGCAGGUGAAUGAUUUUAAGAACCACCAGCUUCCUCUCGCACGUAUCAAGAAGAUCAUGAAGGCCGACGAAGAUGUUCGCAUGAUCUCAGCCGAGGCUCCCAUUCUAUUUGCUAAGGCCUGUGAGCUCUUCAUUUUGGAGCUUACUAUACGUUCUUGGCUUCACGCUGAGGAGAACAAGCGGCGGACUCUUCAGAAAAACGAUAUCGCUGCGGCCAUUACCAGGACCGAUAUUUUUGAUUUCCUGGUGGAUAUUGUGCCAAGAGAUGAGAUCAAAGAUGAGGCUGGGCUGGGAGGGAUGGUUGGGGCCACGGCUAGCGGAGUGCCUUAUUAUUAUCCUCCGAUAGGGCAUCCGGCAGGACCGGGCCCUGGAGGAAUGAUGAUUGGUAGGCCCGCCAUGGAUCCUACUGGAGUUUAUGUCCAGCCACCUUCACAGGCGUGGCAGUCUGUGUGGCAGAGAGCUGCGGCAGAGGAUGGGUCGUAUGGAAGCGGAGGAAGCAGUGGGCAGGGGAAUCUCGACGGACAGGGAUGUUUGAUUUUGGGAGAUAGAAAGAUGAGAGCUAGAGCAGAAUGUGCACAAAAGAGACGCACAGAUAGAGAGAACUGGGCGAGUAUGUAAUGUGCAACUUAAUGGGGGAGAGAACAAAUACACAUUUGUUCUUGUUAUGGAUUAUAUUCUUUACUUUUAUUAAUUUGGUUGAGAUUUUCUUAUUUUUAAGUCAUUGAAUAUAAUAUUUUAUUAGUUGUAUCCCAUGUGACUGAAAUUAAAUUUACUUGGACUCAAUUAGAGAAAAAAUUUAUGUUUUUGGCUAGUAUUCUGAGCACAAUAUGCUUCAUUUAAGCAUUUCUGAACUCUUUAUAUAUUUAUAGUUUUCUGUUUAUCUAAUUUAUUUUUUCAUUUUCUAGGUUAUCUGAAUCAAAUGAGUAAGCUGUAGUUUGAAUCUGAUUAUUCAUCUUUUUCUUCUUCAUUGUCUUUUAAUCAUGAUACCUCAUAGUCAACUAUACACACUGCUCUAUCAUUAUCUUUUUCCACACAAAAAACAGUUGGCCAACCUUUUCUCCUGCUG